AUGGCCUCUGUCUCUCUUCCCUCGCUCUUUCGCCUGUCCACCUGCUCGCUACGGCGGACCUCCAUCCCCGCAUUUUCCCCGCGUUUGUUCCGGACUGUGUCGACGAAGCACCCGGCCGGUUUUGCGCCACCAACAGAAGAGGACCUCAUUGAAGUCAGGGAACGAGUACAAGAAUUUACAAGGCGAGAGAUCCCAGCCGAGGUUGCCGCACGGACAGACGAGCAGAAUGAGUUCCCGACGGAGAUGUGGAAGAAGCUCGGCGAUGCUGGCUUUCUUGGAGUGACAGCCGCGGAGGAAUACGGUGGUCUGGGAAUGGGCUACCAGGCUCAUUGCGUGGUGAUGGAAGAGAUCAGUCGGGCGUCUGGAAGCAUCGGUCUCUCCUAUGCUGCCCACUCCCAGCUGUGCGUGAACCAGAUCUCGUUGAACGGCUCGACAGAGCAAAAGGAAAGGAUUCUCCCAGGCUUGUUAUCCGGAGAGAAGAUUGGUGCUCUGGCCAUGUCGGAGCAUUCAGCAGGUUCCGACGUGGUCAGCAUGAAGACCACGGCGAAGGAGGUCGAUGGCGGCUGGGUGCUAAACGGCACCAAGAUGUGGAUCACCAACGGCCCGGAUGCCGACUAUAUCGUCGUCUAUGCCAAGACUGAGCCCGAGAAGGGCUCCAAGGGCAUCACAGCGUUUAUCGUGGAGAAGUCUUUCGAGGGCUUCUCGUGCGCACGCAAAUUGGAUAAGCUAGGUAUGCGCGGCUCCAACACGGGCGAGCUCAUAUUCGAAGACGUAUUUGUGCCUCGGGAAAAUCUCUUGGGAGAGGUCAACCGCGGUGUUCGAGUCUUGAUGGAAGGGUUGGACCUGGAGCGCCUGGUACUCAGUGCAGGGCCUCUAGGAAUCAUGCAGGCUGCCCUCGACCUGGUUCUUCCCUACACCCACGUCCGCAAGCAGUUUGGCACGCCCAUCGCCCACAACCAGUUGAUCCAGGGCAAGCUGGCCGACAUGUACACGAAAAUGGCCGCCUCGCGAGCAUAUACAUACAACACAGCACGACAAGUGGAUAACGCCGCGGUGACACCGGGCGAAUUGACGAUCCGCACUCAGGACUGCGCCGGCGCUAUCCUGUACGCCGCCGAACGUGCAACAGAAUGCGCUCUAGACGCGAUUCAGCUGAUGGGCGGGAAUGGAUAUAUCAACGAGAUCUCUGCGGGACGACUUCUUCGGGACGCCAAGUUAUAUGAGAUCGGAGCGGGCACCAGCGAGAUCCGUCGGAUGGUGAUUGGCCGUGCAUUCAACAAGGAGUAUGCAUAA